AUGCAAACUAUCCAAUAUCAUCCAAUUUCGAACCUCAUUUUAAAUGGAGAUAAUAGUCCUGUCAAUGAAGAUGAUUAACACUUUGAUCUUCCAUAAAAGCAUUAUCCUAAUCACCAUAUAGCUCUUGAAAUUUCUAAAAAUAAAAUAUAAAGAAGAAAAAAAAGUAUUUAGGUAUUAACUGACGAACUCAUCUUAUGGAAUAAUUAUUUACACCAUAAAUUUUAACACCAUGAUCAAAUUCAUCAUGGAAAUGGUCUGACUUUAUGA